AUGACCAACGGUGACACCGCAGGGAUUUACAAGCAGCUCCUUGGUUAUCUCAUCAUCCAUGAUCUGCACAUCAGCCUGGGCCUUUUUCUCGAAAAGGUUCGCCACAGAGAUGUAUACCUGGUUAGAUACCGGCCGGACAUUGGAAAAUACAUCCGAUUUGCGUUGGAAGCUGACUUCCAUGACACUAUCGGAAUACUCAACAAACAUUUGCCGGGUAUGACUCAAGCAUGCAUUGAAGCAUAUGCGGAAGAUGCUGUCAUGAUGGACUCGGUUUCUCGUCUGAAGUCCGUUUGGCAGUAUCUGACGAAGGACCAAUAUUUCAUCAGACGAAUUAUCCUUCGUUCGGCGUCAAAUAACAGCACGGGCGCUUUACGUCUCCUUGAAAAGAAUCUCUCCAUUGGCCAGACAGAUCUUCAAUACCUAUUGUUGGCUGCCAUCAGAAACAAGUCCGAAGCCCUGGUACGUCAUUGGCUGGAUCGUGGUGCCAAAACUAGACUCCAGGAACAGUCCGAGGUACCAUCAUGGGCCGCCGCGAGAUGUGGAAAUGCUGCGAUAAUGUCAAUGCUACUGGAUACAGAUGAUGAGCCAUUUCACAAUAGUUCGGUGAGCGAUAGAUUGUUAGGAGUGGCCCUGGAGGCCCGGAAUCUUUCUGUCGUCGAUGUCCUUGUUUAUGCCGGUGCCGACGAGCUCUCGGUUCCGCUUGAAACCGCCGUGACAGCCGGUCACGCAAACCUCGUCGACAAAAUACUAAUCCAUCAGGCAAAGAACAAGGACUGGAUCCCGCCUGCGCCCUUACUUCAAUUGGCCUGUGUGAAUGGACACUUGGAAAUUGCUCGGGCCCUGAUCAAUCACGGCAGUAAACUCGACCCGAGGAUUCCAAUGGCUCUAGGUGGCGGGAACAGUCCACUUAUGGGAGCCGUCAGCAGCAACCAUCCGGAUAUUGUCGAAUAUUUGAUAUCUCGUGGGGCCUCGUUUGACGCGUCAGGGGUAUUUGGCAAUGCACUACAGACAGCCGCAUAUUGGAACUAUCAUGAUGUGGCUGUUGUCUUGCUUCAAAAUAACUUCGAUGUCGAUGCACGGGCCGAACCCCUGCCAUCAGCACUAGCUAUUGCACUGCGAAGAGGAAAUUUGGAUAUAGUCACAUUGUUGUUGCAGCAUCGCGCUUCAACGAAAGACCUGGAGUCUUAUGACAGAUUACUGUGCGGGUAUCGAGUUUGUUCCUAG